GCUUCGAAAGAUCGCCAAAACCGCAAUAGGGUUAAAAUAAGUGCUCUCGCGAUGAAUAGGUCUCGAAAUGGGACGUUGAAGAAAGUUUGCAGUUAUUACAAUUGCACGAACUCAACAGUAUCAAAUGCAGACUUGACGUUUUUCAUAUUCCCAAAAGAUCCUGAACGGCGCAUAAAAUGGGUCAGAAAUGCCGGGUUAAGCGAGAAAGAUGCUGAAGAUAAAAACCUCCAUCUUUGCGAAGCGCAUUUCAAAAAUAUUUACAUGUGCCACAGUCAACGGCGAAAACUUCUGCUGCAGACCGCAGUACCCUAUCGUUUCGAUGAGAUGCAGAAGUUGAAGCAAGAUUCGGAAAGUAUGGAAUCGUUAGAGUUGCCUCAACCGGUAGCUUACAAGGAGGAGCACAUCGUUGAGCUUGACACAAUGGUGCUCUCGGAAAUGGAUAACGUUGAAGAAACCACCAUGAUCCAUGAAGGAAUGAUCGAUCAAGAAAGCUUUUCAGCUGAACCUAUGGACAACGAAAAUACCGAAACCACGUCUGAAAAUUCUGCGAUAUUCGAUCGCAAAAGAAAGGAUCCCGUAAGGCAGAUAGCCAAAAUGAAGGCAAAGCUGCAUUCCAUAAAGAGGAAAACGGGCACACCCACAACAGUUAAACCCCAUGAGUUUACCCUGCAGUUGAACGACGGAACGCUCAUUCGAAAAGUAAACAUUACUUCAAAUCAAUUGAAAUCACUUAACCAAGAGCAAACGGGAUAUCGUCUGGCGACAGCAACUGUAGCACCACAGGAACCCACCACCGAAUCAUCUACGAAGUCUCCUGCUACAUCGUCUACGAAUGCUGUUGAAAUUAUAGAACAAACGGAAGAAAGUUUGUCUAACAGCAGCGACGAUGAACCAGAGAACGUACAGAUCAACGAGUUCAUCUUCAAAGGUGAAGAGUAUGUACAGAUGCCGAAAUUAUUUUACAGAAAGCAGCUAGAGGAGUUGCGACGAAAAGUGGCGCGCUACGAGCACGUGUUGCAAGUAAUGCGCGAUGCCCUGGACCACGCGAAUUCUGGCGAAAAUUAAGCCAAACGAAACACUGUCAACGUUUAAUUUUAUUGUAACUUAAAUUCUCAAUGAAGGUUUUAUUGCCCUGGCAUCAUGUAUU